AUGUCGCAGGCGACGGCCCACGGGCCCAAGACGACCCGCCAGGUCCCAUUCGUUAGUGCUGCCGGUAUCAACGAUGGCAUUACAUCCCCUGCCAUACUGGCGGAUACAAACCCGGACCAGAGCGCAUUGCUCUCCUCCACUUCCCCGUCCUCGCUCGAGGCUGCGUAUACUAGGCUGGCAGGGAAUGUUGACACCAACUACGACGCCGACAGCGGGAACGGCACAGACAUCCUCCCCGCCCAACAGCGGCUGGCGGAGAUUACAGAGCUAAUCCACACGGCUUCGCUGCUGCAUGACGACGUGAUCGAUAACGCCGUCACGCGGCGCUCCACCGUGUCCGCGAAUCUGGCAUUCGGGAACAAAAUGGCCGUGCUGGCGGGCGAUUUUCUCCUGGGCCGUGCGUCAGUUGCGCUUGCCCGCCUGCGCGACCCAGAGGUCAUCGAGCUGCUGUCCACCGUUAUCGCGAACCUGAUCGAGGGCGAGUUCAUGCAGUUGAAGAACACGGAGCGGGAUGAGUUGAACCCAUCCUUCACGGAGCAGACGAUCACGUACUAUUUGCAAAAGACGUACCUGAAGUCCGCGAGCCUGAUUAGCAAGUCGUGUCGGGCGGCGGCGCUGCUGGGCCAUUCGUCGCCGGAGAUUGUGGAGGCGGCCUAUUCGUAUGGCCGGAAUCUGGGCCUUGCGUUCCAGCUUGUGGAUGAUAUGUUGGAUUAUACAAUUCAUGGGGAUGAGCUGGGGAAGCCUGCUGGCGCGGAUUUCCUGCUGGUUGUUCCUGCGGCGCCAGCCGCGUCGCUGGUGUUGGUGUCCUAG